AAAAUCAACUGCUCGGUCUUCCCCCCGCGAAACUUGACAUCCCUCCUCCUGCUCCUCCUCUCCUUCAAUCAAAACAGACAAUCCCAAAACCUGUACAAUAUGGCAGACGAGGUUUACGACGGUGCGAUCGGUAUUGAUCUUGGCACCACCUACUCCUGCGUUGCCAAUUAUGAGGGAACCAAUGUGGAAAUCAUUGCCAAUGAGCAGGGUAGCUUCACCACUCCCUCCUUCGUUUCCUUCACCGACAAGGAGCGUUUGAUCGGUGAAUCGGCCAAGAACCAGGCUGCUAUGAACCCAAAGAACACCAUCUUCGAUAUCAAGCGAUUGAUCGGCCGAAGAUUCGACGACCCCACAGUCAAGAAGGACAUCGAGUCGUGGCCAUUCAAGGUCAUUGACCAAGAAGGAAGCCCCAUGGUAGAGGUCGAUUACCUUGGUGAGGCCAAGGUCUUCUCGCCUCAAGAGGUGUCUGCUAUGGUUUUGAACAAGAUGAAGGAGAUCGCCGAAGUCAAGUUGGGCAAGAAGGUCUCGAAGGCCGUUAUCACUGUCCCUGCCUACUUCAACGACAACCAGCGUCAAGCUACUAAGGAUGCUGGUGCCAUCUCCGGUCUCAAUGUCCUCCGUAUCAUCAACGAGCCUACCGCCGCCGCUAUCGCCUAUGGUCUCGGUGCCGGAAAGUCCAACAAGGAGCGUAACGUCUUGAUCUAUGAUCUCGGUGGUGGAACUUUCGAUGUGUCUCUUUUGAACAUUCAGGGUGGUGUCUUCACCGUCAAGGCUACUGCUGGUGACACCCAUUUGGGAGGUCAAGAUUUCGAUACCAACCUUCUUGAUCACUUCAAGAAGGAGUUCCAGCGCAAGACCAAGAAGGAUCUGUCUGGCGACCCACGUGCGCUUAGACGUCUUCGAACUGCUUGCGAGCGUGCGAAGAGAACUCUCUCCAACGGUGCUCAAACCACUGUUGAGAUCGACUCCCUCUUCGAUGGAGAGGAUUUCAAUGCCCAAAUUACCCGUGCUAGAUUUGAGGAUCUUAACUCCAAGGCUUUCAACGGCACAUUGGACCCGGUUGCUCAGGUUUUGAAGGAUGCCAACAUUGACAAGAGCAAGGUUGAUGAGAUUGUUCUUGUUGGUGGAUCUACCCGUAUCCCACGGAUACAAAAGCUUCUGAGUGAUUUCUUUGAUGGCAAGAAGCUUGAGAAGAGCAUCAACCCUGAUGAGGCUGUUGCAUAUGGUGCUGCUGUUCAAGCCGGUAUCCUCUCAGGAAAGGCUACCUCUGCCGAUACCGCUGAUCUCCUGCUUUUGGAUGUCGUUCCUCUUUCCCUCGGUGUUGCCAUGGAGGGUAAUAUCUUCGCGCCUGUCGUUCCCCGUAAGAGGAAAUACUGUGCCUACUAUCAAGAAAAGGCACCUAACAUCAUCAUCAGAACUUUCACCACCGUUGCCGACAACCAGCAGACUGUUCAGUUCCCCGUUUUCCAGGGUGAGCGCGUGAACUGCGAGGACAACACCUCUCUCGGAGAGUUCACUCUUGCACCUAUACCACCAAUGCGCGCCGGAGAUGCGGUGCUCGAGGUUGUUUUCGAGGUUGAUGUCAACGGUAUCCUUAAGGUCACUGCUACUGAGAAGACCUCAGGACGCAGUGCCAACAUUACCAUCUCCAACUCUGUCGGUAAGCUCUCUUCCGGCGAGAUCGAGAGCAUGAUCAACGAUGCGGAGAAGUUCAAGAACAGCGAUGAGGCUUUCAGCAAGAAGUUUGAGUCUAGACAACAGCUUGAGGCCUACAUCUCAAGAGUUGAGGAGAUCGUUUCCGACCCCACCAUGUCCCUCAAACUCAAGCGUGGAACUAAGGACAAGAUUGAGUCCGCACUCAGUGAUGCCAUGGGUCAACUCGAGAUUGAGGAUUCGACCUCAGAUGACCUGAAGAAGAAGGAGCUUGCAUUAAAGCGCGUCGUGACAAAAGCGUAA